AUCAAGUAUUAUGGGAAGGAGGGCGUACAAUUUACAAGACCCACAUUUGCAAUCCUCGUUAAAACACAUUCAAUUUGAAAUCACUGAUUCACUUGCUCUUAACCAAAAAUAAAACAAAAAACAAUGCUUUUUACACCUGCAAAUCUGGAAAUAUUCAGCUGACUUUUCUUCACCAACCCCAUUUAUCAAGUAUGAAACUUUCUCUCUCCUUAACACUCCGAUCAUCCACUUCUCCUUUACCAUUGUUCAAUAAUACCCACUUUACUCCUAAACAUUCACUUCCUUUAAUCAAAUGUCAACAAGCAACAACUCAGAAACAAAACUGGCCUAAUCUAAAAUCAAUGGGUAAGAAAAACAGGAAAAAAGGGCUUGAAGAUUUAAGUGAUCAACUUUAUCAAUUUGCGUCCUUUAAUCUUGACCAUGCUCCUGCUCGUAGACAAGUCCGAUCUGCUUUCAUUGAUUUCCAUCAAAAUAUUGAUCAUGUUUUAUUCAAGCUUGCUCCUCCUGGGAUCAGAACAGAGGAGUGGUACGAAUUAAAUUCAAAAGGGCAGGAGAUUUUUUGUAAAAGUUGGUUGCCAAAAGAAGGAGAUGAAAUUAAAGGUGUUGUUUGCUUUUGUCAUGGAUAUGGUGAUACCUGCACAUUUCUCUUUGAAGGUAUUGCGAGAAGAAUUGCAGGAUCUGGGUAUGCAGUAUAUGCUGUGGAUCAUCCUGGCUUUGGUCUUUCUGAUGGAUUGCAUGGUUACAUUUCGAAUUUCGGAGAUUUAGUUGAUAAUGUGAUUGAACAAUAUGCUAAAAUCAAAGGAAGGCCGGAGUUGCAAGGUCUGCCUCGUUUUAUAUUUGGGCAGUCCAUGGGUGGUGCGGUUGCAUUGAAAACCCAUCUCAAACAGCCUGACCAAUGGGAUGGAAUGAUUCUUGUUGCUCCAAUGUGUAGGGUUGCAGAGGAAGUUAUGCCUCCUCCUUUGCUAUUGAAAGCAGCGAAUGUCCUCUCAAAUGUUAUUCCAGAAGUCAAAUUCUUUCCGACCCAAGACCUAGCAGAGCUUGCAUUUAGAAACGAGAAGUACAGGAAACUGGCUUACUACAACAUGAUCUGUUACUCUGAUCGUGUGCGAUUGAAGACUGCUAUGGAGAUUUUGAAGGUCACAAGUGAAAUCGAGUCAAAUGUCAACAAGGUCUGUUCUCCAUUGUUGGUCAUUCAUGGAGCAGGAGACAAAGUGACAGAUCCAAAUGUGAGCGAAUUUCUCUAUGAGAAUGCUUCUAGCAAAGAUAAAACCUUGAAACUCUAUGAAGGAGGCUAUCAUUCCAUUCUUGAAGGUGAACCUGAUGACGUAAUUUUCACUGUUUUUGAUGACAUUAUCAAAUGGCUCGACGCAAGGUGCACUGCUUGAUUGAAUUUUUUCCAUCCAUUGCUUGAAUGCUGCCACUGUUUGGGGUAAAAUCUAAUGUAGCAGUAGCCCUGUCAUUCAUAUUGUCUUUCCAUUGUAAAAUUAACAUGCAUUCUCAUUCAAAGGAGUGAAUGGAUGUACAAUAACCUUUUUUUAGGGGCAUUAGUCCCUCAAAAGGCGAAAAAUAAAUACUGGUUGACAUCGUAGAGCCUGAAGGUGACUA